UUUAUUCUGUUGACUAUGGUUUUCAUGACGUCACAACAGGAAAAAUGUAAUCGGUAGCAUUCUAUUCUAUUGAAAAUAAAGGAAUGGAGAUAAUUAUUUUAUUUUGACAUGAAUUUGACUCUGAUACAAAUUGUUGUUGCAGUUUUACGAAGGCAUAUUUUACAGUGUUUUUGUGUGCAGUGAAUAGUUGUCCCUGCGUCAUGAAUCUCGCCUCCGAAGAAUUACCUAAGUUCGGAAUGGGGCAGGACCCGGUGCUGGAGGAGCUCCGGGACUCGGUGCGGCCUGCCGAGGAGGACCCGGGGGAGCUGGAGCGGGCCACUUCGCGCCUGCACGCGGGCUUCCUGUUUGCGGCCGAGGGCCUGCCCGCGCUGCAGCAGAUCUGCAAGUUCGUGCUCGGCGGGGACCGCCUGUCGGGCGGCUGGAGGGAGUUCGCAGCGCUCCUGGGCGUCGACCCCGUCGCCGUUCAGUGCCUGUGGAACUCGAAUGAUCUGCUGCACGUGUGCGAGCGGAUCCUGGCGGCGUUCGCCCACAGGGAGGACGCCUCGCUGGACAAGGUCGUCUCCGCCCUCCACAAGAUGAAGAGGCUGGACGCCAUCUGCCAGAGCAAGCCGCACCUGCUGGAGCUGGUGGAUGCUGUACUAGGGAAAGAGAAGGCUCGUGGCCACCCAGUGACAGGGAACUACCAGAGGAGCCUGAUAACUCCGGAGUACCUGCCGCCCGUGCCCAUGAUACUCUGCGACAUUCCUCCCGUGGCCAAGAAGGAAGAGACGGAGCCUCUUGGGCCAGUGUUGGAAAACUUGGAGCGCCAGCGCGAACCUUGCGAGAGAGAUCCACCCAGAAUCACUUCUCAACCACAAAAUGAACAGGAGGUAACGGAAUACGCGUACGUGGUGAUGCUGACGUUUGCAAACGACGGAGUGGCCGCGGCCAGGCGUGUCGCGAGCGUGUUCAGGCAGACACGCGCGGCCGACGGCAGGAGAGUGGGCGUGGUGAUCCUGCAGGAGCACAGCGUCCUCGUCAGCUCUUUCGGCAACCAGUACGUGCUGGGCCUCUUCAACGACGUGGACUACGUGGUGCCGAUACUGACGCAGGGCUACGUGGACUCGGUGCUGGAGCGGGGCAGCCGUGCGCCGGACGCUGACUUCUCGUGCCUGGACCAGCAGUACGCGCGGUACGUGUUCCUGCAGAUGCAGGCGGAGUACGCGAAGCACUGCAUCAACGACCGGGUGCGCCCCGUCAUCGCGGACGGCUUCGUGCGCCAGGCGCAGCGCGAGUUCGUGAUGCGCGAUGCGCUGUUCCAGGCGUGGUGGGCCGAGAGCAGCGCGGCCGAGCUGGCCCGGUGCCUCCUGUGCGAGGACUGACGCACUCCGUCCGUGCUGGAGGAUCGUGCGUCUCGUGCCGAAAUUGUUCUCAUGAACGGAAAGACAAAAUUCACAAAAAUAAAAAAAUCUCUGAAGUGUAAGAUAUUUAACCCAUUUGCAUCUACAAGCGUACUAGUACGCAGCUGUUUUUCUGGCAUAUAACACCAUAAGCGUACUGGUAUGCAGAAUGGCCAAUCUGCCCGAAAAACUUGAAAAAAUCCCUUUAGAAUGAAAAUAACCCCUCAACAGUAGCUAGUAUUGUUAUAACAAAGGUAUAUUAUCGUGAAACUUAAAACUAUUUUUAAAAUUUUAUUUAAAGAAUAAAAAUAUAAUGAAAAUAAAAAAUAACUUUAAUAAUAGUAAUAUAUAAAAAAGUUUAUGGAUUCCAUGGUAUGUCUAACAUUAAAGUGAGUGGAUGCAAAUGGGUUAAUGCUGCACUCUUACGGUUCAGCACAUUUUAAAAUCCAGCGCCAGUCGAGUCGCUUCGAAUUCGGAUUUUUUCCCUGUAGAUUGUGGUAGUUGACUUUAGCCGCCAGGACGUAUUACUUUGUGUUUUUAGUUCCCUCAGAGUUUAUCAAUUCUUCAUUUUUAAUUUAAUUACAGCAAAGCUGGUUACAUUUCCCAAUUGGUUUUAGAAGAAGAGUUCUGAAUCAUGGAACGCACUGUGAUACGAGACUUUUUCAAACAGUAAUGCUCAGCUUUUUUUUUUCUUGCUACAUAUAAGGAUAUUCAUAAAGUUAGCUCGGUUUGUUCAUUGAAAAAAGUAAACUUGCAACGAAAAGUUUUUAUUGACAGUUAUAGUUUACUACAGACCUACUUUACAUUUUCAAAUAAUCACCAUUCAGUUCCAAGCUCUUUUCACAUUGCUGCACCAGUUUCUUUAACCCCUCUGCUUAAAGGUUUGCCGCCUGGAAAUUAAACCAGUUCACAAUCAUAGUUAUGAAAUUUUUGCAGCAAUUUUUGGCCAACGUUUCAUUAAAUCAACCAAAAUUAUGAUGCCCUUUUUGCCCCAAAAACUGUAACCAUCAUUUUUCGACUUGAAUUAGAGAUUGCUUAAACAUUUUCUUGAGAUGUUCACUGAGCCCCUGUUUUUGGGCCACACACAUUUCGCAAUCAAAGUUCAUGAUGCCUAUGGCCAAAGCAUCUGUUCCAUCCCCAGGUGGCAAACCUCUAUGCAGAAUGGUUAAAGAAAUGUGCAGCAUUACGAAAGUGUAGGGAAAUGAAUGGCGAAUAUGUGAAAAUGUGAAGUAGACCAUGCAGUAAACUAAAACUGUCAAUAAAACAUUUUCUCAAGAGUUAAUUUUUUUUAAUGACCAAAUUAAGCUUGCUUUACGAAUAGCCCUCGUAGUAAAGAGUAACUAAAAACAAGUUUUUUGAAUACCAUUGUAAUAUUAUGUUGAUUUUUUUUUGGUAUUCCAUUUAUUAAAACUAUAUUGACGUUCAUGAUUCUGCAAAGUAACUAAUCUGACAUGUCAGUGGUGCAGAAAGUGCCAGAUCAAAGACCUUACAUUUAAAAGUUUGUUCUAGUGUUCUUGAUGUUAAAAAUAAAAAAAAUGCAGCAAACAAUUUUUACUACUCCUACCAACUUUAAAAUAUAAAUAUGUGUUUUUAAUUUGGUUUAGUAUUUAAAAGAAAAGAUAAAAUGCUGUGUACUAGUUUUAAUGACUUGCAAAGUAAAAACAAAAGUUGCAAACUUUUUUUGUUUUAUUUAAUUUUAUCCAUAGUACUGUAAUAGCUGAUGAUUUGUAAAUCAUUAAUCACUUAAAUUCGCCACUAUUAUUGGUCAACUCAGAAUUUGAAUUAGAUUUAUUCUGUGUUUAGAAACAGGUAUGACUAAUAGUGUAAUACGUAAGUGAAUUGUAUGUUUAUGGUUUGAGUUAUUCCCACAUGUGUUAAUACAGUUGAACCUUGUUUUUACAUUUUAAAAAAAUCUUAGUUGUUUUAUUCUUCAUCAUUUAUAUUUUGUCACCUGAUUUUCUUAAUGUAUUUCUUUACCCGUGCAUGUUUCAUAGUAAAGCCCACCCCACACGAUGCCCAUUUUCUGCUAUAACUUCUGUUAUACCCAUGGGUAUAAAAAUUUUCAUAAAAAUUUGUAUAGCAGAACCGCAGAAAGAUUUCUUAACUCCAUACACACGAUACCUAGAAUGCUAACAGAAAACCAGCCAACGCAGUUGCCGACCAAAGCAAACAUAUCAGGGGAGGAUAAACCUGUCGUAGUCAACUUAUCAAAAUUCUGAAGAAAAAAAGUGAAAGUUACGCCUGUUUGUGUUAAAAAUUAUGUAACUUGCGGAAAUAUUAUUUGAUAUUUUAUCUUAUAUUUUUCAUUUGCAAAUAACUAACAAAAUUGGUUUAGUAUUUAAAAACAAAUUAAGAGCAAUUUUGGAAUUAUGUACAAAUAUAUUUUUAAGUUGUAGGUUAAUUUCAAAAUCUAAAAAUAUAUAAAUUUAAAUGAUACAAGGGACAUUGGGUUUACUAAAUGUAGUUUAUGUACGGUUUAAAUUCUAAUAUUAAUUUAAUUAUACAGUUAAUCAAGCUAAUUUCAUUGUAAUAGUAAAAAAAAUGCUACCGAUUCAUAUAUGUUAUACAGUGAAACCUCAUUAAUACAAACCUGAAGGGGAGUAAAAUAUUUCAGUUUGUAAUAACGAGGUUCAUAUUAAUGAGGUUCUUGAGCCAAUAGGUAGAAUAAGAACUCGAUAAGAAAUAUUGAAUUCCUACAUGUCAGAGCACUAAAAAUGUGGAAUAUUAUUUUUGUAAUAGAAGCCAGAUAUUGACAUGCACACUAACAAAAUACACUUAAAAGCAAUUUUAAUAGUUUUAAUAAAAUAUACUAUAACAGACUGAUAAUUAGUAUACAUAUACGUAUGUAUGUAUUCUUAUUUAAUUUGCUUCCAAAGUUUUGACAAAAAUGAUUAACAUUUACCGUACAGUUAAUUGCUGUUAGUGUAUAGCAAUUCUUAUGCAAAGUAUGCAAGAUAUAUUUACAUAGGUUUAAAAAAAUCAUUAAUUUUUUUCUGGACACACUUAUCUCUGUAAAUAUCAUUUACAGCAGAACAUAUCUUCUCAAAUCCUGCAAUCAAGUCAAUUGGCACAUCACUUGCAGCAAGUACAUUUUCCAGUGUACGCAAAGCACUGAUUGUGUCACUUUUGCUUGGAAGUUUAUGCACUACCUCACCAUUGUCGUCAUCACCAUCAUUAUCCUGACUUGUACCACCCUCACAAAGUGACUGUACAGCGUCAGCCCUUGGUGUUUCCUGUAAUCCUCGUGAACCAACAAGAUCUUCUGCAGUUAAUCUUGCACUGGUGUACACACUGUCAUCAAUAUGAACAAACUCAUUGAAGUCAUUAUCAACUUGCACAUGUUCUUUUAACUCUUGCCAAUCCUCUAAAGGUUGAUCACAGUCAGGUUCUUCAACAGUUUGCUGGCCAAAACCACUUUUUGCAAAGCAAUGCACAAUUGUCUUUUGGCUGAUGCUGUCCCACGACAUGGCUAUACUGCGGAUAGCAUCCAAAACUGACCAUCUAGGAAGCUCAGUCUUUCCUUUUUCACACUGCCUGAUAAGGUAUUUCACCAAGCGCUGUCUGUAGUUUCUUGUGAAGCACUGUAUUAUACCUUGGUCGAGUGGUUGUGUCACACUUGUAUUUGGUAGCAAGAAGAGUAAGGUAAUGUUUUCCAACUUCAUACCAUGAGCAGUAUGUGCAGCACAGUUGUCCAACAAUAACAAAAUUUUGCGAUUUAGAGUCGCCAUUUUCCUGUCCAAUUUUAACAACCACAACUGGAAAAUUUUUGUGGUGACCCAAGCCUUACUGUUUGCCUCGUAAUCUACUGGCAGGUUUUUUGCUGCAACAUCUUUGAAACAUCUUGGCUUGGCAGACUUGCCAAUAACCAAGGGUCGAAGUUUAGUACUGCCAUCUUGAUUACAACAUAGUAAAACUGUAAGACGAACUUUACUGUGUUUACCGCCAUGGCAGUUUUCACCUUUUACGGUUAGAGUUUUAUUGGGCAACAGAUUGUAAAAAAGCCCUGUUUCAUCCAUAUUAAACACAUCUUGUGGUGCAAAUUUACUUACGAUGGUCUGUACUGACUGAAGCCAGUCACUCGUUGCUGUUUGGUCGACAGCUGCAGAUUCGCCACAAAUGGUUUUUGUGGCCAAAUUAUGCCUAUCUUUGAAGCGUUGAAGCCAUCCGUUGCUGCAAUGGAAAUCAUCAAUUCUGAGUUGAAGUGCCAGCUGAUUAGCCUUUUCUUGGAUAAUAGGCCCGGAAAUUGGAACUCUGGCGGCGCGCAUCUGAUGAAACCACUCCAGCAGUUUGGCCUCUAAUUCGGAAUGUUUACCGACGCGCAUCCUUUUCUUAGUUUGAUUACUACCUUUACUGACCGCUUCUUCUAUUUUAUCUGCUUGCUUUAGAAUUGUACUUAAGGUUGAUUUUGAUAUACCAAACUCUUCAGAAAGUUCUGUUUUCGUUUUUUCACCCUGACGAACUGAAUUUAUUAUCUUAAUUUUCGUCUUCAAUGCAAUUUCCUUGCGUUUACGUUUUGCCUCCAUUUUUAUGUGUGUACGUACAAAUUCUAAAGUUUAAUAAAAUUCUCACGAGAUAAUUCACUUAAACUUUCAUUACAACGUACACAAAUAUUAAACACGUUAGGCGUAAUAUAUAUUUUGAUUUUAUUGGUCCGGCACAGAUUCAUGUAUACAAAGGAAGUACAAAAUCGAACGUAAAUACAAUCCCACGUGAAGUUCGAUAUAUCGAAUAUUGUACAAACGCGAGUGAUUUCUGAACAUAUCGAACACACGAACGAGUGAUUUUGAAAACAUAAGAGUUAAAAACACACUUCGGACACUCAGGCGGGGCCGUUUCUUUGUGGUAAUCUUUGGUUCGUAUUAAACGGUAAACAUGACUGUUUGUUUAUACGGAAGGGAAUUGUUAUUGUUCGCUAUACAUAAUAACGAGAAUUUCGUAUUAACCAAACAAAUCUUCAUUGUGUUUAAUGGGCAUAUUUCACGGGGAAAUAGUAAUAGGUAAUAUUAACGAGUCGUUCGUAAUAAGCGGGAUAAUAUUAACGAGGUUUCACUGUAUAUAAGAUUUAUUGAUUACUUAUAUAUUUAACUACAUAAUUAGAGGAAUUGUAACUAAUAUUUUUUGUAACCCAGUGAGACAAAUAAACACGCACAUACCGCGUAAUAAAUUUAAAUCUUAGGUGAAGAAAAAACAUUUUGCAUGUUUUUUUUUACCCUCACAGGUGUGUCGCUAUGAAGUAUCAGUUUAUUCAUUAUUAAUUUAUGGACACUCGUUUCUUAAUAAACGUUGGCGUUUUAAUUAUAAAAUUAACUUUUGGUUUAAAUUACUUGUGAACAUGUGAUUUUACUUUACUUUUUUAAAAGUAAAAAGAAUAAAAUCAAUGGACUGAGACACCUAAAUGUAGUUAAUAAUAUUAUAUCAUAAAUUAAUUCUAAUAAUUUUUAUUUGCAGAAAGCACAGUAUGUACAAUUUAAUUAUUUGUUAUUUAAAAAAAUCUAAAAAAAAAUUGGACUAAUGAGGAUUCGAACCACAUUCAAAAUCACCCUUCUACCGCUGCCAUCGUGCCCUUCGCCACUACGCUACCGCAACUUCUACGAAUGUGAUAGGAGAUAAUGGCUAAUAUAUGCAAAGUAUUUUCAUAAAGUAUUUUAAAAUUUCCGAUUACUUCUUUCUGUGGCAAUUUCAGCUUAACAAAUAUAUUCCAUAGUAGUUUUACUAUUAUAAAGUUUCAUUUGGCAUACCAUUACAUUUGUUACGUCCCUUAAUGUUGACAAUACAGACUAUAUACGGGGUUAUAUUGCAACACGUGGGUCCGCCAUCUUGACGGCUCCAGCUCGUGGGUAUAGCAGAAAAAUAGAACACGUUCUAUUACGGUUUUGGCUAAGACUUCGGUUAUGAAAACUUUUAUACCCAGAGCCAGAUCCCUUGGAAGGGUGCUGAAAUGUUACCCACACGGGAGCAGGCGCGCUAGCAUAAAAAUUACAUGAAAACUGCUAAGGAAAUGGGUGUCGUGUGGGGCAGGCUUAAGGAAGAAUGCUAUCAGUGUAAAUUUUUGAGGUUAGCAUAAAUAAAAGCAUUUUAACACAUACGCCUUUUUGUAUAUAAAUAUUUUUAUUGUUCUGUGUUGUGAAGUUUUAUUUAAUAUUUUAUCCUUGUUAAGUAAAGCUGUUGUGAUUAUAAAAUAAUAGUUUUAGUUUACGUUUUACGCUAGUACCUCAUCUAAUAUAUUUUUUUACAUUCUAUGAUAUAUAGGAAGUUGAGGAUGAAACUUUUAUACAAGUUUAUGAUUGUGUUGUACAAGACUUAAAUGAGUGCCUUUAAAAAACUUAAUCCAUUAAUAUAUGUACAUGUAUAUUCAUAAUGUGAUUGUAAAAUAAAUUCCAAGCUUUAAUAAACUUUGUUUCAA